GCCCCGCAGCAGCCGCGCGGCCGGGCGGCCCCGCGCCGCCGAAUUACUGCCAUGGCAACUCAAGUGCUGGGACAGUCUGGUGGGAACAGCCUCUUUCCUGGCAGUACUAGCAUUGGCAUGGCAUUGUCCAAUGACAUGUAUGACUUACAGGACCUUUCUAAAGCUGAGCUGGCAGCUCCUCAGCUUAUUAUGUUGGCAAAUGUGGCCUUAACAGGAGAAGUUAAUGGCAACUGCUGUGAUUACCUGGUUGGAGAAGAGAGACAGAUGGCAGAACUGACAACGGUGGAGGACAGUAACUUCUCAGAUAGUGAUGCAGAUGGUAUGGAAGAUACCCAGGCUGCGGAGAGUGACCGUGAGGCACCUGAAAGUGUGGAAUUAAGCUCCCUUGAGGUUCCUAGUGUGGAAAGCCAAGGUCCAGCUGCCUGUUCCCCUCCUAAGACGCCCAGUGUGGACAAAGAUGUGUCAUUGGAAGCACCAUGUACUCCAGAAAGCACAGAGGACAAGUGUAAGAGCUUGAAGAGCAAGCCAUUCCGUUGUAAGCCUUGCCAGUAUGAGGCAGAAUCUGAAGAGGAGUUUGUGCAUCAUAUCAGGGUUCACAGUGCUAAGAAAUUCUUUGUGGAAGAAAAUGCAGAAAAGCAAGCACAGGUGAAAGAGUCUGAUUCUUGCACUGCAGAAGAGGUGGAUUUCUCUAAGGGCCCAAUCCGUUGUGAUCGCUGUGGCUAUAACACUAACAGAUAUGAUCACUAUCUGGCUCACUUGAAGCACCACAACAAAGCAGGGGAAAAUGAGAGAGUCUACAAGUGUACCAUAUGCACUUACACUACUGUCAGUGAAUAUCACUGGAAGAAACACCUUAGAAAUCAUUUUCCCAGGAAAGUGUAUACCUGCUCAGAGUGCUCCUAUUUUUCAGAUAGGAAGAACAAUUAUAUUCAGCAUAUUCGGACUCACACAGGAGAGCGACCCUAUCAGUGUGCUAUGUGUCCCUACUCCAGCUCUCAGAAGACCCAUUUAACCAGGCACAUGCGCACCCACUCAGGUGAGAAGCCAUUCAAAUGUGAUCAGUGCAGCUAUGUGGCCUCAAACCAGCAUGAAGUAACUCGUCAUGCAAGGCAAGUUCACAAUGGGCCAAAGCCUCUGAUUUGCCCGCACUGUAACUACAAAACAGCUGACCGCAGCAAUUUCAAAAAGCACGUUGAGCUCCACGUCAAUCCGCGCCAGUUCCUCUGUCCUGUUUGUGAUUAUGCAGCGUCUAAAAAAUGUAACCUGCAGUACCACAUCAAAUCCAGGCAUCCCGAUUGUGCUGACAUCACCAUGGAUGUUUCAAAGGUGAAGCUACGGACUAAAAAGAGUGAAGCUGACUUUUCUGAGAGCGUUAAUGACAAAGUGGAGAAGGAACCAACAAAAGGGGAUGCAGCUGCAAAGAAAACUGAGAAAAUUGUGAAGGUGGAGAAAAAAGAUAAUUUGGCAAAGGAAAAGAAAUCAACAAGCAAUGUUUCUGCAGGCCAGGUGACAACCAGAAGUCGGAAAUCAGCUUCAGAAAACAGGGAGAUGGAUAUUAAAACUGAGAAGAGUACUGAGAAAACGUGUAAAACAAAGAAGGUCAAAAGAAAGGCAGAGGCUGAAGCAACUUCCUCAAAGCAAGAGCCAGCAAAUGAUACCUCACUAGUAACAAAAAAGAAAAAGAAAGUGGAAGCUAAACCCAGAGACUACCAGGAAGCUCAAAAAAGUGAUGUUGUACCAGAGGAGGAACCUAAAAAGCAAACUUUUUGCCUCAAGAAAAAUAGAAAAAAGAAAGCUCUGAAAAUUAAGCACAGUAAAAAAAGCAGUAAACUCAACCAGGAAAAGAUCGAGGAAAAGGAGAUGCUGGAUGAGCAUCAUAUCACAGAAGAUGAUGGAUGUGUGAAGCCGGACACUGAGGGCAGUAACCAGAAGGAGCAAGAUCCCACUGAGACAGUGGCAUUAAACAACAAUGGUGGUCAUGCUCUCAAGGGGGAGAGCACUGAUCCCAAAGGAGACUGCAUCCAAGAUCCAGAGCAGCUUUGUCUGCCAGUUCAGGAUGCAAACACAGAAGUUGAGGUAGAGGACCAAGAAAUGCCUGCUGCAGCAGGAGAGAGCGAAGACACUAUUGGUGCAAAAGAGGAGGAGAGACAGGCCGACAAAGGGGAAGACACUUGCUCUGAGGAAUCUUCCCAUGCAGCGUCUUCUGAAAAAAGCUUGGACGUGCUCAUGGAUGUCGUACCAGAUCUGGCACCUGAGAAGGAGCCAGAGGAGACCUUUGUGGCAGAACCUGUGAGCAACUCAGACCUGAUGGACCUGACCAAGACGUGCCUGCCAGCGACAGAGCCAACAGGAGAUGCUGUGCCAGCACCCAUGCCUCCAGAAGGGUGUACACAAAGCCCUAAAGUAGCUCUGGCCUUAUCUCGGGAUAACACAGCAGUGAAUGAAUCUCAGGAAAUGGAUGAGGAUGAGGGCAUCCACAGCCAUGAAGGCAGCGACAUAAGUGACAACAUAUCAGAAGGAAGCGAUGACUCGGGGUUAAAUGGUGCUCGCUCUGUACAAGAGGAAACAAGUCCAAAGACAUCACAAGGAGCUCCAGACACCACAGAGGCCAGGGAGAACUAUGUGUGCAUUUUUUGUGACCGCUCAUUUAAAAAAGAAGGUGAAUACAGCAAGCACCUCAACCGGCACCUAGUUAAUGUGUAUUAUCUUGAGAAGGCAGCAAAAGGGCAGGAAUAGAAAUAGCGGUUGUUUGGAGAAUCUUCUUUUGUAAGAUCUUACACAGCUUAUGUACAGAUAUUGUAGAUUUUUUUUUAAGCAUGGUUUCCUUUAGUGUCUGCAUUGGUUUCUUUUUUGUUUUGUUUUGUUUUGUUUUUUAAGUUGAAAAUAUUUUUGACGACUUUGUGUGUAAUGGUGAACUCAUUAACUAUUGGAUCUCUUAAUUAGAGAAGGCAGGUAGGUGGUAUGAGGUUCUGUCCUGUAAAGUGAGUGUAAGCUUCUAGUCUAUUAGCAUAUGCAGUUCUUUUAUAAACUGAGUUUUAGGAACAAGACUGGAGCUAGCAAUACACAAGUUGCAUAUUCAUAGAGCCACUGGCAUUAGUUGUUUUUGUUCUAGCAGCCAACUCUGUCCCCUCCUCCCUUCCCCAUUUUUUUUAGCUCUUUUUGAUGUGUCUUGAUGUUCAAAGUGUUAAACUAUUUGAUGAUUUUUCUACCAGGAAUAUAGCUUCUAUUACAUAAAGAGCACUUUGUAAAAGAAAUCAAAGUUGGCUAGUGAUGAACAUAACUGUUUAAGCUAAUUACAAUUAUGAACAUACAUUUCAGGUCCCCUAAGCAUGAAUGAUAAGCCAAAAUUUGAGAGCAGUCCUUCCAACUUUUGAUUGGAGAACCUCUGUCUUGAUUAAUAUCUUAAUCACUGAUAUGUAAUUGGCUUUGUUGUGGGGGAACAAGUUUUUUAUUUUUACUUUCUGCUUUUUUUUUGGAUUGUGCUUUAAGGGCUUAAUAAUGUUGCACAUUGUUUUUGAUUUUUACCUAUGCAGUUUAAUCCUUUAGGAAUAGUGCUUGUGCAGAACAUGUACACUUUAUAUAUGCAUGUUUGGUUUUGUAUGUAAGUCUUUUUUACUUGGAAACAUUCAGACUUGUUGCUUACCACGGGACAGUUUUCUGUGGCAGUUUUCUGUGAUGCUUCUUACUGCAGAUUUUUCUUAUUUUCCUGGGUUGUGAUUAGUCGUGCAUGAAGUUGCUGAAAUUAUGAUCUGCUUGGCUAUAUAUUUUUAACUGGCUUUAAAAUUGUAUAGUCCUUGAGCAAAAGGAUACCAAUGCAAUUUCAAAACAUUUUUUAAUGGGAUUUAUUCUAUCAUGGAAAUGCCACUUCUGGUAUUUUGAAUACACAUACAGAGUAAUAAAUUCUGAUUAAUAAUUUGGACAGGAAAAUAAUCACUCUCCGUGGAAACAGUUCACACAUUCUGCAAGUCCAGAUGAUUAUUUUUUUCCCCUUCCCUGUUCAUUUCUGUGGUGGACAGCGGUCAAACAUCACGAGCUUAAAAAAAACUAAAAUAGUAGCAGUGAUAUAAUCUAACAUCUCAUACACAGCACAGAAAAACCCCAUCAAACAAAUACAGAUAAAUCAACUGGUAAGCAACAAACCUGACAUUAAAAAAACUAGGGAUUUCUGCUCCUUAUUCAUUCAAGUUGCAUUUAAUAAAAUCAUCUUCCCGCUUCCGUGCAGGGAGAAACAUAUAAGAUUGUCAUCUCAGGUCUACAUGUCAUACUGGGAGUUUUUAAUUCUAAACAGAUGUCAUUUCUAGCACGCACACACAAGAGAGAUUGCAUACUUACUGCUUGUAGCCAACCCGUGGUAAAGUGUAAACAAAAUCCAAACCAGCAGGGAAGAAGCAAAGCCCUCCAGGUCUCAUCUGUGCACUCUUCCGAUGGUCAUUAGCUGCCUUCCCAGUGAGAGCAGUUGGGCAGCUUCUCUGAUUGUCAGCUCCAAAAAUGCAAAUUUGGAGGUGGGUGUUAUUUGGAGAGUGGAGUUGAAGAGCUCAGUCAGCAUUUGUCAGAGCACUUUGUAGCAAAUAACUCUCGAUGUUUAAGUUCUGGAAUAAACCCCAUUUUUCACUGGGUGUUCCCACAGCAUCUUCUCCUCCAAAGAAACCCACUGCCUUGAAUGAAUAGAGAGCAACAAUGCUACAUUGCUUCUGCUUUUGGGAGAGAUUGGUAAUAGGAGGCCAAAGAUUUGAGAGGGAAGGCAUCCCUCAUGGCAGAAAUAACUUGUAUAAUGUAUAGUGAGUUUUUGUUUGCAUAGAUAGUGUUCAAUCCUUACCUUGGCUGCGACAAUCACUGUCAACUCAAGAUCAAGUUGCAACUAUAUUUAUGUUAAACAUUAAGAAAAUAAACCUAGUUGAAUUUUUUUCCUAAACUACCAGUUGUAAUAGUCUUAGAUGUAUUUUUUUUAUAAUAGUGUUUCUUUAUAUAUAAAUGUUGCCACCAUUUGUGAGCGAUAUGAGUAGCUGCUGGGAAUUCCAGUACUGUGUAGAGGUUUUAUAGCUCCCUUCAUAUCCUUGCGAAGAGCCUCUGCCAUCUUGUGAGAGACUUCAAGGACUUUAGCUAUGUUCAAAUAAACUCGUGGACUGGCCUGAUAA